AUGAGGACUCAUAUUUUUAGCAUUUUCUUGAUCCUAUCAUUGGCUACAUCUUCCAGGCUUGAAAUUGCAAUAGGUAAGGAGCCCAGAAUUCAAGAUUCACUUGGUGAUAACAGGAGAAUUCUGCAUCAGCCAUUGUUUCCAGAUAGUUCAGCACCACCACCUCCUCAAUCUGAAAUCUUGCCGCCACCAUCGCCGCCUCUACCACCUCCAUCACUGCCAGCCACACCGGACCAAGACCAGCCUUUCUUCCACGAAACUGGGCCGACGCCAGAUCAGGUCCAGCAGUCUCCUCCUGCGCCAGCCAAUGGCAUACCUGUGGCAAAUCCAGUUACCAAUCAGCAGCAGCAGGCAGCAACUAAGCCAAUCAAGAAAGUGGCAAUUGCAAUAUCAGUUGGAACUGUCGCAUUAGGAAUGUUGUCAGCUUUAGCGUUCUAUUUGUACAAGCACAGAGUAAGACACUCUGAUGAGUCCCAAAAACUUGUUGGCAGCAAUUCACAAAGGACUAAUGAAGAAUCAAGAAUUCCACCAUCCACCUUUUUGUACAUUGGGACUGUGGAGCCAUCCACCAGAGGUACAGCAGUGAGUACUGAUAGCAAUGGUGUCAAUGGUUCACCGUAUAGAAAAUUGAAUUCAGGAAAAAUAUCGGAUCGAUAUAGGCCAAGCCCCGACCUUCAGCCGCUGCCACCACUUACCAAACCCCCACUGCCUCCUAGCAUAAAUUCACCGCCCCCCAUGUCAUCCUCGGACGAUGAGAGCCAUGAAACAAACUUUUACACUCCGCAAGGGUCAUCUAUGAGCAAUGAGUCCCCAAGUUCACGUCAUUUCUACUCAAGCAACAAUACUGGCCAGAUGAACCAGGCCAAGCUGGAUAGUCGUGUUGCUUCUUCUGUCCCCCAUUCCAAGAGAACUUCACCGAAAUCUCGCCUUUCUGCCUCGUCUCCUGAUAGUAAAUAUCCAAUCAUACCACCAAUCAAACAAUCGACAAUGCCUUCUCCUCCAGCACCAACUGCAACUAGUCCUUUAGGGCCACUGCAGGCUAGUAGACCAGCACUGCCUAAUAUUCCUAAACGGGCCAAGUUUUCAGCGCCACCUCCACCACCAAAUAUGGCACGGCUUCAAUCAAUGAAUGAUGAAGAGCAGCGAGCAUCUAAGUUCACAAUGCCACCUCCACCGCCACCGCCUCCGCCGCCUUUGCCGACACCAAGAAAAUUGGGGACUGUGGAAACAAACAUACCACCUGUUUCUAAACCACAAGUUAGACCACAAUCAAAAAGUUAUAGCCCAAAGUCAAGCCCAGGGACUGAAAGGAGAAGCCCAGUUAAAGAAGUUAAUAAAGGUGAAAGUACGUCGAGGAAAUUUGAUGAUGAUGAUGAUGAUAAGGAUGGAUCAAAACCCAAGUUGAAGCCUUUGCAUUGGGACAAAGUAAGAGCGACCUCAGACCGAGCCACGGUUUGGGACCGCAUAAAGUCAAGCUCCUUCCAGUUAAAUGAGGAUGCCAUGGAGUCACUUUUUGGAUGCAAUUCUGCAAAUUCAGUAACUAAAGAAUCAACUAGGAAGUCCCUUCCUCCUUUAGAACAGAACAGAGUACUAGAUCCAAAGAAGUCACAGAACAUUGCUAUAAUGUUACGAGCAUUGAAUGUCACAAGAGACGAGGUUGUUGAAUCACUUUUAGAUGGAAAUCCAGAAGGAUUGGGUUCUGAGCUUCUGGAGACUUUAGUGAAGAUGGCACCAACCAAGGAGGAAGAAAUAAAACUUAAAGACUACAGUGGUGACAGCUCUAAGUUAGGGACAGCAGAGCGGUUCCUCAAGGCAAUACUAGACAUUCCAUUUGCUUUUAAAAGAGUGGAGGCUAUGCUAUAUAGAGCAAACUUCACUACAGAAGUAAAAUACUUGAGAAAUUCCUUUCAAACGCUAAAGGAAGCGAGCGAAGAAUUGAAAAAUAGUCGCCUGUUUCUUAGACUCCUUGAAGCUGUUCUAAGGACAGGAAACCGUAUGAAUGUUGGUACAAACCGUGGGGAUGCCAGAGCUUUUAAACUGGAUACUUUGUUGAAAUUAGUGGACAUAAAGGGAACAGAUGGUAAGACAACCUUACUUCAUUUUGUAGUCCAAGAGAUCAUCAGGUCCGAAGGAGCAAGUUCUGAUCCUAUAAUCAAAAGCCUCCCGCAUGAAACAGAUUUCAGAUUUAAAGAUGAGGAGUUUAUGAAGCAAGGAUUGCAAGUUGUAGCAGGGUUAAGCAAAGAGCUUGGCAGUGUCAAAAAGGCAGCAGGAAUGGACUCAGAUGUCUUGAGUAGCUAUGUCUCCAAGCUUGAAAUGGGUCUUGAGAAAGUCAGGUUGAUUCCGCAAAAUGAAAAGCAAAGUACACAAAGUAACUUUUUCGAUUCUAUGAAAAUGUUUCUUAAAGAGGCUGAAGAAGAAAUCACCAGGAUUAAGGCAGAAGAAAGAAAAGCCUUAGCCUUGGUGAAAGAAGCGACGGAGUAUUUCCAUGGAGACACUGCAAAAGAGGAGGCCCAUCCUUUGAGAAUUUUCAUGAUUGUACGAGAUUUCCUCUCCAUAUUGGAUAACGUGUGCAAUGAUGUCGGGAGGAUGAAGGUACAAACAACCGUGGGAGCUGGUAGAUCAUUCAGAGUUCCUGUAAAUGCAUCGCUUCCAGUACUCAGCCGAUACAACAUACGGCGUGAUAUUAGUUCUGAUGAUGAUAGCAUGUAG